UACUAUAUGCUUCGUGAAACCAUCCUGCUGUUAAAGCGGCAGAACGUUACAAAAGCAAAAACGAUAAGGCUAAUUUUCACGUUGCUACGUGUCUGAUUAAAGCGAGGUGCGAACGCAUCCCUCCUCAUGCGUGCAAUAUCUAAUUACUGCUGCUCGGCUCUGGUCGCUGGUACCUUGAAUGGCUCAGUGUCGCGCGUUGACUAAGAUGCUGUGGAUGGGGGGUGAGGCUGGCAUUUUAUUGCUUAAUUCAGCAGAUUACGACAAGCCUACACCUAAAAGACUCUGAUUUGGUAAAGAGCCGUGAUAAAUAAGUUCUUAUCGAAGAGACCACGCCCGCGAUCUCAAGUGCCUAAAGAGACAAGCCGCUCAUCACUGUGCAAAAGGAGACGGUUCCCCUUUAGGAAGAAGGUGGACUGCUCCGUACAGAAGGCUACCACAGCUCAGCGCAGUUUAGAAGGUAGCCACAGAGCGAGUCCUCAAGUUUGGGAUUGUGCGACGGAGACAUCGCGACGCAUCUUUUCCGGAUUUUUUUAAUUCAUUGGAAACUGUGUAUAAUUUAUCGCCAUCUGUUAUGCAAAUGGAUUUAAUUCUGCUUACCGCGCAACUCCUGCUUUUUGCAGAACCUGUUUUAGGGCUCGGAGUGGAUCCUGAUUUACAAAUCGAUAUCAUCACUGAACUGGAUUUAAUGAAUUCCACAUAUGGAAUUACCCAGGUGGCAGGUUUGCACAACAACAGCAAAGCCUUUUUAUUCCAAGAUACAGAUCGAGAAAUCCAUGCAUCACCACAUGUGGCAGAGAAAGUGAUUCAGCUCUUUAAGAAUAAAAGUGAGUUCACUUUCCUGGCAGCAGUCCAACAGAAGUCAUCAACAUCUGGAGUCAUAUUUUCUAUCCAUGAGUCAGAACACAAUUUUUUUGAACUGGAAAGCAGUGGAUUACAGGAUGAAAUUAGGUAUCAUUACAGUUUUAAUGGAAAACCCAGAAGUGAAAGUUUCCCUUAUCGUCUGGCUGAUGGACAAUGGCACAAAAUUGCUCUUUCAAUCAGUGCCUCACACUUGCUUCUUCAUGUGGACUGCAAUAGGAUUUAUGAGCGUGUCAUAGACCCUCCACAAACUGAUAUUAUGCCCGGGAGUAUGCUUUGGCUUGGCCAGCACAGCAGAAAACAUGGGCUUUUUAAGGGAAUUAUUCAGGAUGCAAAAAUCGUUUUUUCUCCAAAUGGCUAUAUUACCCAUUGCCCAAAUCUUAACCGCACCUGCCCAACAUGCAGUGAUUUUCUGAGUCUUGUGCAAGGUAUCAUGGAUCUGCAAGAGCUACUUGCUAAAAUGACCAUAAAACUAAAUUAUGCAGAAACAAGACUGAGCCAGUUGGAGAGUUGUCACUGUGAGAAAACAUGCACAGUCAAUGGGAUAGUAUACAGAGACAAAGAAUCAUGGGUAGAGCCUCAAAACUGCAGGAACUGUGCUUGCAAGAAUGGUGUGGUGGAGUGCCGGAGAAUUUUCUGCCCUGCAGCCAACUGCUCUGGAGAUACAUUGCCUGUUCUGGUUGAAGGGAAAUGCUGUAAACAAUGCAGACCUAAAUGCACCUAUGUGGGGAACAUGCUGGCAGAAGGGCAAAGAAUUUUUACUAAGAGCUGCAGAGAAUGCAAGAAUGGAAUUAUGGUUAAAGUGACUGAAACAUGCCCAGUCUUAAACUGUACCGAAAAGGAUUGGAUUCUUCCAGAAAACAGAUGCUGUAAAGUUUGUAAAGGUUACGACUUCUGUGCUGAUGGACACAGUUGUGGAGAUAACUCUGACUGCAAAAACUGGAAUACCAAGGCUGUGUGUGAGUGCAAGAGCGGCUUCACUGCCCUUCAUGGGGAUACUUCAUACUGUGAAGAUAUUGACGAGUGCGCAGGCGAGAUGCACUAUUGUCAUGCCAACACAGUAUGUGUUAAUUUGCCUGGAUCUUACCGAUGUGACUGUAUCUCUGGAUAUAUAAGAGUUGACGAUUUCUCCUGCACAGAACAUGAUGAAUGUGGAAGCGGACAGCACAGUUGUGAUGAAAAUGCUGUGUGCACCAAUACAAUUAGAGGGCAUUCCUGCACUUGUAAACCAGGAUAUGUGGGCAAUGGAACUCUCUGCCAGGCUUUCUGUGAAGAUGGAUGUAGAAGUGGAGGAACAUGUAUUUCCCCCAAUAUGUGCCUCUGUCCUUCUGGGUUUACAGGAAGAUAUUGUGAAAAAGAUAUUGAUGAGUGUGCUGAGGACAUCAUUCAAUGCCACAACCAUUCGCGCUGUGUUAACCUCCCAGGCUGGUACCACUGUGAGUGCCGAAGUGGUUUCCAUGACAAUGGGACCUAUUCACUUGAUGGGGGAUCCUGUGUUGAUAUUGAUGAAUGCAGCACAAGAACACACAGCUGCUGGAAUGACUCUGCCUGUGUGAAUUUGGAGGGGAGCUUUGACUGCCUAUGCCCCUCUGGGCCUUCCUGCACAGGGGACUGUCCUCAUGAAGGAGGCCUGAAGCGCAAUGGACAGGUCUGGACACUGAAAGAAGAUAGAUGUUCAGUGUGUUCAUGCAAGGAUGGAAAAAUCUUCUGUCGGAGGACGGCAUGUGAUUGUCAAAACCCGAAUGUUGAUCUCUACUGUUGUCCGGAAUGCAAAUCCACAACAUCAAGCCAAUGCUUACACCAAAAUGGCCACAAGCUUUAUCACAGUGGAGACAACUGGACAUACAGCUGUCAGCAAUGCCGAUGCUUGGAGGGUGAGGUAGACUGCUGGCCUCUGACAUGUCCAGUUCUUAACUGUGAAUAUUCUGUGAUCUUGGAAGGAGAAUGCUGCCCUCGAUGUGUCAGUGACCCAUGCCUCGCAGAUAAUAUUGCAUAUGAUAUCAGGAAAACUUGCCUGGACAGCUAUGGUGUCACAAGGCUCAGUGGCUCAGUAUGGAACAUGGCUGGAUCACCUUGUACAAUGUGCAAAUGCAAGAAUGGAAGUAUCUGCUGCUCAGUGGAUUUAGAAUGUCUACAAAAUAACUAAACCUGAAACCUGGGACUAUCUUAGACUUAAUGAUUGAUCAUUUGGUGUAAAGAUCAAAAAUGUCAUGUUUUAUACACCUAAAUUGCCAAAGUCUCCACAUAAAGAAGAUGUCUGGAAAUUCAACUUCAUAGAAACAGUGGAAGUAUCUCGGCCUGUCGUCCUCGCAAGAAUCACCUUGGCUAGGACAUGUGAUCUACUGUAUACAGUAUGCGUGUGCGUGUGUGAGUCUGAAAACUAUGUGUGAUUCCAUUCUAUCUCAUGUCACAUGUUAAAAUGUGUUGCAGGUUUGUUUAUGUUCAUUGUUUCACAAAGCAAGGAGGAGAGUUGAUAACACUGUGGUAAUUGAGUGAUGACAAACAAAUGAACCCAUUCAAUAAUUCUUCAGUUCCUAUGUAUUAUUUAAAAUGUGGCCCCAAAAGUAGCACCAAUUCAAGAACUUGUGUCUAUCUUUUGCCAGUUGACCACUUUAAAGCCUGUGUUUUCACAUUUGUUAUUAUCAGGCAUAUAUAUUUGCAGAUCAAUACACACCACUGGUCAACAGCAGCAAGCAUCUUUUACUGUAUGACAAUGAGAAACCACCAUUAAGAAGACUUGUCAUACACAAUAUGAGAGCUUAGCAGCUGUGGUAGUACCAAAACACUACAUAUACUGAACAUUUUUAAAAUGUGAUUGACUAAGCAUUUUGCAGGACAUGUAUAUGUUUUUGGUUUGGUUUUCUUAAGGGUAAGAAGUCUGUUUGAAGUAAACCUGUUGAAAGCUUCAAAACCACUUACUUAAAUCAUAUUUAACACAUUUUUUAUAAUCGCAAAAAAGAAAAAAAAAAACGCUUGCAUUGAUGGUGGUGUAAUUUGCAUAUAAUGAAACUAUUUUCAUUCAAAGGAAUAAAGGUGGCAAUAAAUUUACGUUUUUGUAGCAAGAGCUUUGGCAUCCCUCCAUUUCUUGACAUGGGUACAAACUAGGAUAGUCGCACCUCCUUCCUUCAUCUCCCAGUUUCAUAUUACUUUUAUUUUCUUGCUAAACUGUUUCUGAAAUAGUUAGGCUCACACCUUGUCUGGGUGUGUGGAACUCCAUUUGCAGAUUUCACAAUGUCUCAAAUAUUUCAAAGUGGUUCAGUUUGUUAGUCAAAAGUGUUCUCUUGGAACUGCAAGCAUUGCAUUUUGAAAGGGCUUACAGGCUCUUGUAGUUUCUGAGAGACCCUUGAAAAGGAAAAUAAGGAAAGAGUUUUGCUUACAAAAAUACUAUUACAGAAACUUUUUCCUACGUUAUUCUUUCUGAACAAAACUGAUCUAGGUCUUAAUCGCAAUUAUUUUAUUUUACCUAAUCAUUUUCCUUUUAGACUUCUUCUUUUAUGUGCACCAUUAGGCACUGCCAAAUUUGACUUUGCAAGAUUUGGAUUAAGUGCUGUUUUUUAAUAUUCCAUCAUGUAUUUAUUUGCUUGUGUAUUUAUUCAUUUUAGAGUUAUCACUACAGACCUCAGUGUUGCUGGAUGCUGUGUAAAAAUAAAACUUCUCACUGUCUUCAGAUUAUUAUUUGUAGUUUUUUAGCACAUGGUUAGGAUAGCUUUCUAUUUUUCCAGAUCUGCUGUAGAGUAAAGAAUGUAGCUACAUGUUGUUUGCCACUAUUUAAGGUAAGUGUAAUUUUAAGCUGAUACCAUUCUGUCUAAAUGAAACAUCAAUUACCACUCCUAUUGUAGUGUGAUUAUGUAAGGCAGUGUAAGUGAUGCAAGUGUACGCAGACUUAGUCAGCUUAAAACUACAACAGCAUAAAGAAAAAAAUCAAAUAUUAGUUGAAAUUUCUAGCACAGCAUAUUAACAAUAGUGUCGUAAUUCUCAGAAUCUAUCCUGUGAAACAAUUUUUUUUAUAGUAAGCAUUUUCAAAAGAGGAUAAUUCCUUACUUGGGCAGUUGGUCAUAUUUACAAUUGGCAAUACAAACUGUUUGUAAUUUGUUUGUAAAUUUGGUCAAAACCUAUCAUGUUUAUGACAGGGGUGUAGGUCAUACAACAGAAGCAUAUGUAUAGUCAGUCAUGUUCAUAAGGCAAUGUGCACGUACAGUAUAACAGGUCUGUGCGAUGUGACAAAAGCAUCCCAACAUGCAAUGUAACCAUAUUACAAACAGUAACAGUUGCCUGCAAAAAAGAGCAAAACCAAGUAGAGGUAUGCAGAGAUUCAAAAUCUUGAAGUGCAAGCAUCACCUACAAAUAUAAAAAUGGUGGCAACCAACUAAUACUGCAUUACACACAAUAGUGUAGCAACAGGGAAUCAAUUAAGUCUAUACCUAAAAAGACAUUUUCAUAUUUAAAAUAUGUUGCAAAAUAAAAGGAUUAGUAUGUACAAGAAUAGCAUGUGCAUACAUGUGGAGAGUGUCUUUGUGUGGCCCACUGGAAUACUGGAAUAACCCUGUCACAGCCUAUAGGUGUAAUGAUGACAGUACAUUUAUUUGUAAUGACAUAGCACUUGCUAAUUUUCCAGCUAUCCUUUACAUCACCCUCUUGUAAUCAGUGUCAAUGGCCCUGUUAUGCCCAAUGUACUUUAUAAAGCUGGUGUGGUACCUGUCUAGUAGGCAUUAACAUUCAAAAUAGAGUAUGUUGCUUUCAAUUACAGCUCACCAGCAUUUUGAUCGAGUGACGCUGUUUCUGCUGAUAUAUACUGCAAUACAGUCAUUCAAUUAUAACAUUGUCAGCCAUACUGUAUGCGGCUGCACUAAGUGUGCAAACUACAACCCAAAAAUGUCAUCCUUCUUUCUUAACUGGGCUCUUGUCACCUGUGCCAUUGGAGAACUAAUUAUUUUGUGACAUUAGCUGGUUUAUGCCAGUCGGCUCCAUAAGAAUGGUUCACCUAAUGGAAAGCUGUCAUAUCCAGGAUUGUCAAAUCGGACUCUUAUGACUGAACUAACUGGACAUCUUUGUGAUCAUACAUAUAAUCCUCCUUUGAUGCGUAGGUGUCAUUUUGCAAAGAUGUAGUAUAACUGCUUUGCUUAAAUAAUGCACUCUUGAUCCAUUCCUUAUUUUUAAUGAACUUAUCCAAGUUAUUCUAUGGAUUCUAUUCUUUUCCACCUUAUGGCAUUGGCCCACUCCUAUACAAAGCAAAAUCGGCUAUUUUCAUGACUGUUACGUAAAGAAAGGACAGUCUUAAUUUUUUGUGACAAGUUUAAAAAGGGAAAUGUUUUACAGACAGAACCCAGAAUCAGAUUUUGAGACACAUAUCGAGUCAUGUAGCAAAUACCCUGUGGGCUUAUACAAACAGGCUGAAUAAUAAUUUCUGGACAGCUCAGGCAUUAGUUAGCCGAACAAGCUUUAUGAACACAAUUUCUUCUCCAAUUUGUAAAAGUACAUAUGUUUUGUAGAUUCUUGGUGGCAUUCUGGUGCAGUGGUUAGUGCUGCUGCUUCACAGAUAUGUAAUUUUGGACCCAAAAUCCCUAACUGGAGUACAAUGAAGACAUGCAAUUCCACCCAACACAACACAUCAAUUCCCAUUCAGUUUUGUUUUGAAGGUCCCUAAAUUAGUAAUGUUUGCUUGGUUCUCUGUAUGACAAAAAACCUUUUUUAAAUGUUUGUGUGAAAUAUACCCUUAGUCACUUUCCAACUUGGUCCCUCUAUUCUUGUGGAAGAAGUCAAGUAACCGCUGGGUCCCACUGUACUAGUCAUAAACACUGGCUAUUCAUGACACUUAAAUAAAUAGGAGGGAUAGGAAAUGGAAGGAUGAAUUAUGUUGUUAAAAGUACCCAAGUUAAUUUCUCUUUCUGUUUUAAAUAUCUUAAUAGCUAUGGAAUAAUUUUCCUGAAAUUAAUUAUUUUGCUAUUUAUAUUUUCAAAGUGAUCACUUGAUUAUAAGGAUGCCAUUGCAAUGAUAUUUUUAGGAUAGACUUUAUCUUAUUUUGAAAAACAUAGUGCAACACAGCUAAUAUUAUGACAUACUGGGUUGUAUUUAUGGUUGAAAUCUUUAAUUUAUAAACAGAUUGGAAUAAAAUAGUAGUCCCAGUGGCCACCAAAGGCAAGGUUUGAGAACCACUGAAAAAUGUUUUUUUUUUGGGCAAAAAACCCAUUAUACAUUGCAAAUAUGUAUAGCAGGUGAAAUGUCAUUCUUUAAUCCCUUUAAAUUCUACUAAUCUGAUGUAUUUUAAAAUCUAUUAUGUAUUUUCCUUGAUUUUGACAUUUGUCAUAUAGUUUAUUGUUAGUCAUUAUUUGGUUUCUUUGGGAAUAUUAGAAUUACAAAUCAGCAUUAUUUUCUUAGAUUUUGUCACUGACAUUUUUGUGGUAUGUAUUAGUAAAGCUCUUUCCAUGAUGUGUAAUACUUUAGGUUGUAAGACAUGGCAAAACAUUGUUCAUUCUGAUAAGAUUAAUUCUAUAAAAACAAUCGAUAUGCAUUUAUUUAGUAAGUCUAUUUGUGACACAAAGGAACACUUAACACUAUUGUGGAUUUAAUAAUUUUUUCAUCAUUAACCUUCAAAGCCUAAUAAAGUACUCCACUAACAACUGUAUUUUAUAUAUUCACAAAUUUACUUUUGUGUUGUCAUUUUUUCUGAUCUGACAUUAAUAUAAUUCUACUCUCAGCUGUACACUGAAAUGCAUUUUAAAACAAUGGAAUUGAACUAACACUUAAGGGAUGGUUUGGUAGAGUUUCCAAAAAUCUUUAAGUCAAUUUGACCUAUUCUGUGCCCUGAUACCUUGAAAAUAAUACUGUUGAUUUAUUUCAUAUUUUUUACAGACCUGGGGGGUAUUUUUCGUACGUGGAUUACUCGUUUAGCUGGAUGUAAUUGUUGACAAUUUGGCAUGAUCCGGGAUCUGUUGGUUUUCGAAACUCUUGCUGGAUGUGUUGUCAUUGCAGCACAUCCAAAUCCUAAAACCAUGUAAACAAGGAU